UUCAGAACGAUGUCGUUGCCAUCGCGCGUGAAGUUGACUAGGCCAUUGGUACGGACGAUGUAUAGUCAAACACUUAAUAAUCUAAAGAUUAACAAGGAUACCAAAGUUAUUAUUCAGGGUUUCACAGGAAAGCAGGGGACAUUCCAUGGACAACAAAUGAUCGAAUAUGGAACGAAAAUUGUAGGAGGGGUGUCACCAAAUAAGGCAGGAUCUAAACAUCUCGGAUUACCAGUAUUCGGUUCUGUAGCCGAAGCAAAAGAAAAAACUGGCUGUAAUGCGACAGUCAUCUACGUCCCAGACCAGUUCGCUGCUGCUUCGAUUGAAGAGGCACUAGAUGCUGAGUUAUGUAUUGAACUCAUUGUUUGUAUUACUGAAGGAGUUCCACAACAUGAUAUGGUGCGUGUAAAAAGCAGGCUUGUAAAGCAAAGCAAGUCACGCCUGGUAGGUCCAAACUGUCCUGGAAUAAUUGUGCCCGAAGAAUGUAAGAUCGGUAUAAUGCCCGGACAUAUCCAUAAAAAAGGUUGCAUAGGAAUUGUAUCUCGAUCGGGAACGCUUACGUACGAAGCUGUACAUCAAACAACUGCGAUGGGUCUUGGACAGACUUUGUGUGUGGGUAUUGGCGGCGAUCCAUUCAAUGGCACCAAUUUUAUUGACUGUUUAGAGGUGUUCUUGGCUGAUGAUGACACUAAAGGGGUGAUCCUUAUUGGAGAAAUUGGUGGAAUGGCUGAAGAGCAAGCGGCGGCCUUCAUCAAGGAACAAAACCAAAAAUCGAGAGGGAAACCCACGGUUUCCUUCAUUGCCGGCUUAACUGCCCCACCUGGUAAACGUAUGGGCCAUGCUGGAGCGAUUAUCGAUAGAGGAAGAGGUACGGCUAGUGACAAAAUCGAGGCUCUCAAAGCGGCUGGUGUCUUCGUUACCGACUCACCAGCGAAACUCGGACUUACGAUGACAAAUGCGCUCAUAAAGGGCAUGUCUUGA